ACUCUCCAUAUCUUUUACUGUAUGGAAUAUAUUCUCCUUGUUGAUUGGCUACUAGAGUCACACCCAUGAAGAAAAUUCAAAGAAAAGCAAUCAAGUACCUACAGCUGUACCUCGAACAUUGAAGCUGAGACAACUCGAUGAGUCAAAGAAAAAUAAAAGAAGCCCCUGAUCGCCCAAGAAUUUCAUACUAGCAAAACCCAACACCAUGGAACCAGAUACUGCGGGAUUCUUUGAGGAACCCAAUGAUUAUUAUCCUCCUUCGCCGCCACCGACGUCACAAGUCUACACGCUGCAAUCAGGCCAAACAAUCACGCUUCACCUAGUAGGCCACAGCCCGUUGGAGGCCCAUCAUCUAUGGAAUGGUAGCCGUAUUAUCUCAAAGUAUUUUGAGACGCAUGAGUCCGAAGUCCGAGGACGCACAGUAUUCGAGCUCGGAGCCGGUGCGGGGCUUCCCAGCAUCGUAUGUGCCAUCCUAGGAGCCCAGAAGGUUGUAGUGACGGACUUUCCCGAUCCAGAUCUCGUUGUCAAUAUGAAGAAAAAUAUUCUUGGCUGCGAACUCAUUCCGACAUCAGACGACAAUCUCGAGAACUCUCCAAUAGUCGCGGAUGGCUACGUCUGGGGGGCCGAUCCUACUCACUUACUUGCGCAUCUUACAUCCGUCGGGAGAGAUAAAUUCGAUGUGCUUAUCCUGGCCGAUCUAUUGUUUAGACACUCCGAACAUGGCAAUAUGAUUUCCUCAAUUGAAGCCACAAUGAGCCGAAAGAAAACCAGCAUCGCCUUCGUCUGCUUUACAAGUUACCGCCCAUGGCUACAACACAAGGAUCUCGCGUUUUUCGAUAUCGCGCGAGAAAGAGGUUUCCUAGUCGAGAAAGUCCUAGAAGAGAAGAUGGACAAGGCUAUGUUUGAAAACGACCCAGGCGAUGAGGAGGUUCGAAAGACGGUCACAGGCUUCACGUUGCGUUGGCCGGAGGAAAAGUGCACAUAAGUCGCAUCGCAGGCGAAGCCAUUUUAUUACUAUUUUCUUCGUCAAGACCCCCAUGAAUCUCCCCAGACCAUAUCAAAUGACCAAAGAUGUAAGCGGUGUCUACAUACAGGUAUGACAUAGCACUUGUGUCGAUUCCCGCCCUGCUUUACUCGUCAAUCCCCCACGUUUCGUACCUACAAAUGAUCGCGAAAGUCUUUAAAAUGACGCCAGCCCCAUCGCAUAUUCUUUACUAUCGCGCGGCCCCCAACAACGUAAAGAGGAUUUAACACUGUUGAUCCUGCCGCGCUGAG